GAAUUUUUUUGUUGGAUAUUGGAUAUAAAAACGGAACGAUUGAUUGCAACGGACUGGACAUUGGAUGGACGGACGGAAUCAAGCCCAACGGCGACAGGGGCGUGGUGAAGCGACAAGCAAAGGAUAUUGCCCGAGUCGUAAUCACAGGUCUGGGAUUUUGGUCGCUCUGCCUACCAAGGAGUGAUCGCUCUGCCUACCAAGGAGUGAUAUGGUGGUUCGGCAGCACCCCAGACGACGGAGCAGCCCUAUUUAGGGAGGACACUGCUCCCUCCAAUCCGGGGAAGGGACUAGAAAAGGUGAUCCCAAAAAACGUUCACUCCACCAACUCGGUUAGCAAUCCGCGGCUGACGAGUUAUCCCACUUUGCGGUCGAAACACAAAGAAAAAACAAUUAAAAAUUGCAGUAUGGAAUGUGAGGACUUUGCAGAGCGAAAGAACAACAGAGCGGAGGACAGCUAUUAUUGGACUAGAAUUGGAAAGAUAUAACAUUGAUAUAGCCGCAUUGAGUGAAACUAGAUUCGCUGGUACCCGACAACUUACUGAACCAACAUCAGGAUAUACCUACUUAUGGAGCGGCUUACCGGAAAGCGAAAAGCGUCUGUAUGGCGUCGGAUUCGCUAUAAAAACCUCUAUUGUUAAGGAAUUGGAAAACCUGCCAACCGCAGUAAACGAGCGUCUCAUGUGGCUGCGUGUGAAAAUAAAUGAGAAACGUUACGCAACAAUAAUUAGCGCUUAUGCUCCCACAAUGACAAACGAAGAAGUUGUAAAGGAAAAAUUCUAUGCAGACCUUGAUAAUAUCCUGCGCAAAACGCCAAAGGAGGAUAAGCUGAUUUUGCUGGGUGAUUUCAAUGCCCGUGUUGGUGCAAACAGUACAUCUUGGUCGCGCACAAUUGGUAAAUAUGGGGUCGGAAAAUGCAACUCAAAUGGUUUACUAUUAUUAUCAAAGUGUAAGGAACAUGAACUCGUAAUCACAAACACGAUGUUUCAGCUACCACUGGCAAAAAGAUCGACGUGGAUGCAUCCAAGAUCUAAACACUAGCAUAUAUGAUUGAUUAUGCAAUAGUAAGACAAAGGGACCUAAAAGAUGUUUGUAUAACACAAGCAAUGUGUGGUGCUGAAUGCCAAACCGACCACCGAAUGAUCAGAAUGAAACUAAAAAUGAUAAUACAACCGCAAAGGCGAAAAGUUGCAUUCAAGGGCGUCAGAAAGCUGAAUGUGGACAGACUAAAAAGCAAUGAGAUCAAAAACGACUCUUCUGUCAAGAUGGAAACUGCCCUCAACCAACUAGCUGACCGUCCAAGUGACUCCGUUCACGAUAAAUGGAGGAGCUGAAAAAUCAAAUACUCAAAGUGUCGAAAGAAACACUCGGUACGAAAAGCAAGAAACAACCUGACCGGUUCGAAGAAAAUAUCGGGUCAAUAACGCCACUCAUAGACGCAAAAAAUGCUGCCCAUCAGGCCCUUGUCACCAGAAAUACUCGCAGUACAAGUUCCCGGCUGAAAGAGUGUCAACACCGCUUGCAACGCGAAAUUCGACGUCUAAAAAAAUGAUUGGCUGGUCAAAAAAGCUCGUGAAAUUCAGGAAUUCGCUGACAAACAUGAUGCAAAAAAGUUUUACGAUGCUGUAAAGGGAGUGUACGGACCGUCAACCCGUGGUACAUCACCUUUGCUUUCAGCCGAUGGCACGAAAUUAAUAUCUGAUCGAAAUGAGAUCCUUAAUCGCUGGGUCGAACACUUCAAUGAACUUCUUAAUCGUGCCUCGACUGUACAACAAAAUAGUAUCGAUAACAUCAAACAGCAGCCGGUACAGGAACACCUGGCGGAUAGACCAUCAAAAGCAGGAAUUCGUAAAGCUAUAAAAACUACUUCAAAGUGGAAAGGCACCAGGAGAAGACGGGAUACCCGCCGAAAUUUACAAACAUGGUGGAGAGGCAAUUAUCAGCCAUCUCUUCUCCUUAUUCGGUUAUAUCUGGAGAGAUGA